UUGUCGCUACCACGAGGUGGUGAGCGAGCUUCUGAGUCGUCGAGGCGUUGAUCUUCCCGCUGGUGAGCGAUGCCUGUUCAGGCAGGUGAUGGUCACUGGCCUCCACAAAUAGGUCGAUGAACAGGCACCUAGCCUCUGCACCAUUCAAACACUCGUAAAUCCUUUCUCUACUUUCUUUUUUCCAUCAUCAAUUCAUCUCUUUGGAUUUUCAAUGUCACGGAGGCUUGAGUAGAGUCAUCAUGACGACUAAUGCACGAGCACGGGCGCUGAAACCUUCUCGAAUUCCCGGAGCGACGAUCGCAACGUGCUCGCAAUCGUUGUUCUGUUUAAUAGCCAACCCAACUUGCUCAAAUUACAGACGCCAUCACUCAUACAACGAAGUGCUGGUCGAUUGGAAGAAAAGGAGACUGCGCGCCUGUAUAAGUGACUUUGUCUUUUUCUUUUGA